AUGCCACUACUCGACGCGCGCGACGGUCCUGCCUACGGUACUAUAUGGCAGGAGGACAACCAGACCAAUAUGCAGGAGCCUGAACGGGAUCAGUUACUGGAUGGUUAUGACACGGAGGAGGAUCGGAGCGAUGUCUCGACUAUGGGAGAAGCGCAGGAGGGAGUGCGGAAAAUUGAGGCGAUCAAUAUGACUUGGACUUCCCGAUCUUUGAUGAUCGCCUACGUCAGUAUAUUCCUCAUGGCAUUUUGUACCUCUUUGGAGGGCCAGACUGUGAUGUCCCUGUCGGCUUAUGCCACCAGUGCAUUUAGCAAGCAUUCGUUGAUUUCCACUGUUCUCGUGGUGCAGAAUGUAGUAAAUGCUGUAAUCAAACCGCCCAUGGCAAAGGUUGCCGAUGUCUUCGGUCGCUUCGAGGCUUUUUGUCUCAGCAUUCUCAUCUAUAUUCUGGGUUAUGUACAGAUGGCCGCAUCGACCAAUGUGCAAACAUACGCAUCUGCGCAGAUCUUCUACUCCGCUGGAUCCACGGGUUUACAGAUCCUGCAGCAGGUAUUCAUUGCUGAUAGCAGUGACCUUUUGAAUCGUGCUUUUCUGGCACUUUUGCCGGAAUUUCCAUUCCUAGUCACCGUAUGGCUCGGACCAACGAUCGCAGAUGCUGUGCUGCGGAAUACCUCAUGGCGAUGGGGAUAUGGUAUGUGGGCCAUCAUCUUGCCCGCUGCCUUCCUGCCGCUCGCCCUUUCACUGCUACUGAACCAGCGAAAAGCUCAGCGACUGAAUUUGAUCAAGCCUUCUAAGGUGAGACGUCGACGAAGCGUCUUCAGUGUCAUUCGACGAACCUGGUAUGACCUAGAUGUCGGUGGCUUGACGCUGCUAUCUAUUGCAGUGACUUGCCUAUUGGUCCCUCUCACUCUGGCAGCCAACUCGAAGAACGGAUGGAAGACACCGAGCAUUAUCAUCAUGAUGGCAAUUGGUCUUAUCUGCUUGAUUCUCACUCCCUUAUAUGAAUCUUCGAAGAAACUGGCUCCCAAGCCACUUCUUUCUCUGCAUCUUCUCAAACAGCGAACUGCCCUUGCCGGCUGUGCAUUAGCAUUUUGGUACUUCAUGGCAUUCUAUUUCUCCGUUCAACCAUACCUAUACUCCUACCUCCAGGUGGUUCAGAACUACGAUGUGGCCACCGCUGGCCGUGUCACUCAAACCUUCGCCUUUACCUCCACGAUUGCUGCGUUCACCGUUUCUAUUCUCAUCAAAUAUACCCGCCGAUAUCGCAUCUUCGUUACCAUCGGCUGCGUCAUCUACAUGACUGGUUUGGCAUUGAUGCUCAUGUAUCGUCAAGAAGGCGCUUCUCAUUUCCAAGUCCUAGGCACCCAGAUCUUAGUUGGUUGCGGCGGUGGCUUACUGAACGUGCCCGUACAGCUCGGUGUGCAAGCAUCUGCAAGCCACCAAGAAGUCGCCGCAGCUACUGCCAUGUUCCUCACCUCGAUGGAGAUGGGUGGUGCUGUCGGUGCCGCCAUUUCCGGUGCUAUCUGGACUUCUCUCAUCCCGAAGAAGUUACAGCAGUACCUACCCGAGGAAACCAAAUCCCAUGCGGAAGAGAUCUUCGGCAAAUUGACUACAGCGCUGGAAUACCCCAUGGGAUCCCCGACUCGAAUCGCCAUCAACCGUGCUUACCAAGAAACCAUGAACCGCCUUCUCACAUUCGCCGUUAUCGUGACUCUGCCUCUGAUCCCGCUUAGUCUUAUUAUGGUGGACUACAAGCUCGAUAAGAUGAGUGCUAGCAGCCAAGAUGACGGUUCUUCGACUCCACCCUCUGUGGACGCUGAGACUGAAGACGAUCAGCGCCACAAACGAACCUAG